AUGCUCAACUUCAAAUCAGAAGCAACAUUUUUGAGUGGGAAGUUGCAAUUGAGAAGGAGCCUACUGAAUGCUUGUUUGGAAUAUUUAUCAGAUUCCUUCAAUGUAAAGAAUUCAUUUAAAGCCUUUUUUUUGCCAGUUCCCUGUAAUCUAUUCAUCCUUCAUUAUUCAAGCCUAACUAGUAUGCAGCAGCAGGCAUGGCAAAACUUGCCAGUUGAAAUACUCAGAAAAAUUUUCUCUAAUUUGUCCACCGAAGCGAAGGAAUGUCAGUUGACCUGUCGGCAUUGGUAUGAAGAAGCUCGAAAGCGACUUUAUUAUUCCGUUAAACUAGAGAGUACAUUUCAAGCUACAUUAUUUGUUCGAUCUCUCAUAUCUUCCACCGUUGAACAUAAACAGUCAUCAGAAUAUCUGCAAGACCAACAAGGGUAUGGAGAAAACCAUCAACAGGAGGUGACAAUGUCGUUUAUUAGGAAUACCAAUUUCGCAAAAGCUCGACGUCCUCGUUAUCAUAAAGAACAAAAGCUACUUGAAGAAGAGUCUAAGGAUAUAGUAGGCAAAUACGUUCGCCGACUCUAUUUGAAGCACAUCUUUUCUCCUCAUCUACGUCACUGGGAUGCGUAUGAUGUUCUAUCCAAUUUGGUUACAUAUUGUCCGUAUACGGAAGAGGUCAUUCUGUUAGAUAAGCCUUUCCGAAAUUUUUGGGUCAAGCUCAUGUCAGUUCGUUAUGAGGGAUAUUGGCAAUGUUUAAAGCGAGUAUCCUAUCCUUAUCGUGAGAAUGAGAUUGAGUUUUAUCUUUUGGCCAUAUUAGCAUGCCGGCAUACAAUUGAAGAUAUUCUAUUGUGUGAUCAGUUAACAAAUAGACCGCGAGGUGAUGCAGAUUAUAUCUAUGAAAAGGAAUAUUAUCAAGUGGCUAGUAAGCUACACGAAUUCACCAACCUGAAGACAUUAACAGUAAAAAGACACACACAUGAAAGCAUCAUGAAGUUCAACGAUAUGAUUGAUGCUUGCCCGUUGUUAACGGAGUUAUCUAUUACCUUGUAUAAUUCUCGAUCAAUGCAGCCUAUCGUUUCAUUUCAAAACUAUUCACAUCCCAACAAUUUCAUGGAACGGAAGCAGAUAUCUUACCUUAAACUGGAAACAGUCCUCUCACAAGACGUUUUAAGCUACAUUAUGAAAAAAUUUACUUCACUGCGCUGUUUAAAGCUCAAUAUGGAAUGUGACGAAGCCAAUGUUGGAUGGAUGAGAAAGCUACAUACAAAUUAUAACAUUGAUCUUAUAGAUCAAUUUAUUGAUUAUUUGCGCUCCAUUACUUCCUAUGGCAUAGACCAUUUAUAUAUCAGAAACAUUGAGGAUAUGCUUUGCCGUUGUCAUAUUGGAAAAGAACAUACACUGGAGAUUAGAUAUGAUCACGAUACAAAAAGACAUGACGAGGAAGAUAUGGAUAACAAGCCACGUCAUAGGUUUCGAUUAGUAAAAGAAGAAGAAGAAAGCAGCUCUUUAGCUACUGUUUUCUAUCCUGCCUGUCAUGUUGAUCUACCUCACAUAAAGAUCGUGGAUAAAUGCGGCGAACAUCUAGAAUUACUGACACUAGAUAUGCGGCAGUGGUCUAAUUAUAACUAUACAAGAAUACAACGUUUAUUGGCAGGCCAACGUUCUACAUCACCGAAUGCAACCUCAGUUUCGGUAUCUACAUUACCACAUGUAAAUACUUUGCCCAAUAAUGAAUCGCACGAAUCACCAGAGGAGAUGCGGCAACAAAAUCAAGAAGCGAGCGGUAUGGAUCAAAUCAUGUAUAACUAUCAUCUAGACCGUUUGUUUCGUGCCUGCACUUCAUUAAAACGGCUGAAUCUCAUCGGCUUAUUCUUACUCGACUUUGACCCUUAUCUCAGCAUCAAUCAAAGCAUUGAACAUCUCUCUCUUCACCUUUGCUAUAUAUACAUACCAAUUUUUUAUCAGCUCUCUGUACGACUUCCACAGCUUAAAUCAUUAACUGUCAAUGGUUGGUAUUUUGUUGAACCUGAUGGAAAAGCGCAUAUUCAAACGCAUCAUAAUUUUCAAAUUGAUAUGCCAUAUACCGCAUUCGAGCAGAUCAGUUGGUUGGGUGGAACCAAAGCAAAUACCGACAGUAAUAACAAUAACGACAAUGAUUUUAGUAUACCUGGCAGUAAUAUUAGCAAUAGCAACAACAAUUGUUAUGCCAAAAAGUAUUUUUAUCUCAAAGUUAGUACUCUGACUGUCGAGAAAUAUUUGAAAUUAGAUAAUCAUGUGAUUCAACUGGGCUCGCCAGAAGAAUUCAGGAGAUGCUUGCAAAAUGACCAGAUAUUGACUUUCCAUAUUCGCUGUAAAAGUUUGAAAAAAUUCACCAUAAAGUAUUAUCAAUUCAAGAGAAGUUACCUUGUAUAA